CGUCCGUUGACAUUUGACGAGUCACUGGAUCAUGACAAUUGUCCGCUAUCCCAUGCGAUGCUCACGUUGCUGCAGAUUAAGGUGUCUCUUUACCGAUACCUGGAGAAACCGAAGAAAAUGCGACAUAUCGUAUACCAGCUGCUGGUGUCGUCGGUGGUCGUCAUGUCGUUGCUGUUGGGCAACUCGCUGUUUGUCAUCGACAUGAUUUUGAUGACGUACUUUACGGUGGAGAUCGCUGUCAGACUGUGGAUCGUCGGCUUGGAGUUCAGGUUCUGUGGUGCCAAGGGGCGAUUACGGUACCUGUCGCGUUUCGUCAACGUCAUAGACUUCGUCGUCCUCGGGGCGACGGUCACUUGCGUCGCCCUGAGCCAGGACCACUGGGACAGUUCCGUUGUGCAGAGCGUCCGCCUGCUGCAGAUCCUGCGCUGUUUGCAUUUGGAUAGGCGAUCGACGUCGACACCGGCCAAUGACAAAACUAACACGACGGCGUUCAGCAAUUUUGGCGACGCCCUUUACUGGAGCGUGGUCAGUUUGCUGACCAUUGGCUACGGUGACAUCGUACCUCGUCACUGGAUAUCGAAACUGAUCACCGGGUUAUUUUGUCUGACCUUCGUCAGCAUUCUGACGGUCACCUCGUCGAUUCUUGGCGUUGGUCUCGCGUUCAUGGUUCAGGACGAACAGAUGAAAAAGAGAAUGGGCAAACAGGCACCUCUGGCAGCAAAACUAAUUCAAAACUACUGGCGCUAUCGACUAAUGACCGUCAGCUUCCAGAAGAUCUCCUAUUAUCGUUACGACCUCAUGCAAAACCUCUUUGCGUACGAACUGUCUCGCAUCAAGCGAAACCCGGUUUCAAAUCGCUUGCCGUGGCAGGAAAAGUACUUCACGUACUCGCUGUUCGGCACGCUGAGGAACAACCUGAAACGCAAGGCUAAGCUGAAGGCGUUGGACAUGAUUUUCCUCAAACCGUCCGAAUCAGAGCUGGAUAGGCUGCAAAGCCGGGCAGCAAAAGAAGCGAGCGACGACGACCGGGAGUUUCGGGACGCCACCCCUUCAAAGGGUAUUCGUUUUCAGAUCCCUUUGCAGUACGACUUGGAGAACAGUCCAUCAGUUCCGCGUGAGUGUACAUUCGACCGACAUGGGGGACAUUACAUUCUGUUGCUGCGGUUCAUCUGGUACCUGAAAUACCUGGUCGCCAAGAGGCACUUCAAGGAAGCCAUGAAGUCGUACGAUUUAUACGACAUUUCCAGACAGCUGAGCGAGAGCGAAAACAUGCAGCUGCAGCAGCUGAAAGUUCUUCAGUCGAAACUUGAAAAGGUUCUCUCCAACAGAUCGUCGGUUCUUUUCUCUACUGAGCAUCUCGAAACAGACAUUGCCGGUAAAGUGAAGCUUAUCGAGUGUCAAAUGAAGCUGUUGAACUCAAAAGUGGAGAAAAUGAGUAAGCUAAUGAUUCAGUGCCUGAGUACUACCAGACAGCUUCUCGUUGAGCGCGAAGGGAACAUUUCGUCGGCAAACGGCAAUACGAAGAACAACCAAUCUUGUAACGAUGCGUUCGCCUGUUUCACACACAUGUAG